CGCUAUAGCUCGCGCUCGCCUCGAGCGCCCGACCCGCCAGAGUUCUUCUGACGUGGCCAUCGAACGAGCGUGGUCGCAUCCUUUCGAUUAGGGGCCCUCACUCACGCUGGCUGCGUCGGCUGUUCCCGGUUUAAGGCGAAAUCUGAGGAGGGUUUCCGAGAUCUGACUGCCGAUCGCCUAGAACGCUUCGCUAACGAGAACGGGGAUCGGCAAGAGACGCAGCUUCGAUCGCUUCGACGGGUACUCGGAGCUUCCCGGGCCGGAAGCUCAACCAACGCACGGCCGAGUACAUCAAGGACCACAGUGUUGCGGAGUUGGCGUGCACGUCGAUGGAAGCGCCCUCUGUCCACCCAUCAUGGUCAUGAGUGGAGUGCGUGCUCCGCAGACGUGCCGCUGUCUGCUCGUCAGCGAUGGUUGUGGCUGCAUUUAUGGUGACACUGAUGGUGGCCUUCCUCGACGUUGCCAGGCUCGAAAUUUCAAGGCAAUGGCGAGGGACACUAUCCAUCCGCAGUGGAAAUCAGUCGCGUGCUUCAAGGUGACGACAUCAUUGGAAACGCAGUCAUCGGACUCUGCCCGCUGUCACCAGGGGUUAUUCCAGUGGCGGAGAUGCACAAAGCACACCGGCUGGGAUGAUUGGUUGCGUGCAGCGUGAUCGUAUGUUCCCCUGUUGGCCUUUCUUCUACCUGAGCAUACCUGAAGUCAAUGCCACUCGUUCUCGGGGUUUGUGCACCGUUCUGUAUAGGACGCCAAAAUGGCACCUUUCCUGUAUCUUCUACAAAUGGCUUUUUCUCGGUGGUGUGCAAUGCACUUUUCCAGCCGUAUCGGAUCUAGCUGCUCACUCGAAGAGCUGUUGGUCUAUCCACUUGCUGGCGACCUGUUUGCCAAGACAUAGCACCUUCGUGGCACCAUAUCACGGGUGCCUUGUGGGCCUUCUCAGCAACACGUCAUGAACUCGAGGUCAAGUGCAUGAAGGACCACAACGUGGCGGCAUAGCCAUGCACGUCGAUUGGAGCGCCCUCUGUCCACCGAUUAUGGCCGUGAGUGGCGUCCUCCGCAGAUGUGCCGUUGUCUGCUCUUCAGCAAUGGUGACACUGAUGACUGGGCACUGGCGAGGAGUACUUUCAGGAUUCGCUGCGAGAAUCGGUCACGUGCGGUGCCGCUAUGACCUCGUCAACGACUGUUGCAUUCUUCAGAACCUUCCUCCUGCCACCAGAAGGCAUAAAGGCCGCAGUCGACCACUUAUUUGUGAACUCGUUUUUUCCGGAGUGGCACUCCAUACAUGGCGACCGGGAGCAAAGCGACAGCGAGAGGGCGCUAGAAGACUUGGCGAGUGGGUAGGAGGAAUUCGCUGUGCAGUUUCGGAUGCCACGGGAAACCGUAUACACAGAAUUUCAAGAAUGGAAUCCGAAAGUUCAUUGCCACCAGCAAUAUUAAGGCUUCAUGUAAACAUGGCUUGGAAAUCGCUGAGCCUUCUACAGCCAUGGAUUUCCUGUCAUAGGACGAAUAUAGAAUUCUGCUGCACGGAUUUGCAUGUCGGAGGGCACAAAGGCAAUGGUUGACCGCCUCACGUGUGAACUCGUGUUGUCUGGAACUGAGUGCGACUCCAUACAUGAUGAGCAGGGACAAAGUGACCGCGAGAGAGCGAUCGAGGAACACCAUAGCGUGAAGGCAGCGUUUCUCGGUAACACCGACGUUGCCCUCCUGGCACGGAUUGUAUACGCCGGUGGAAGGGGGCCACUCUGUCGGGUGCUUUGAAUGGGCGCAGUCAUUUGCUCGUCAGCGAGGGUUGCAGUCUUCGCCGCAUCAUUGGUGACACCAGUGCGCGGACUGCACAGCGGCGGAAGACCGCUUUCAGAAUUCACUGCGAGAAUGAUUCACGUGCGGUGCCGUUACGGCCUCGUCAGCGAUGCCUCCAAUCUUCCAAGCCUCCCUCUUGAUAGCAGAAGGAAUUCGCUGUGCAGUUUCGGAUGCCAUGGGAAACCGUAUACAGAAUUUGAAGAAUGGAAUCCGAAAGUUCAUUGCCACCAGCGAUAUUAAGGCUUCACGUAAACAUGGCUUGGAAAUCGCUGAGCCUUCUACAGCCAUGGAUUUCCUGUCAUCGGACGACUAUCGGCAAGUAGGCCUCCUGCAUGGUGCUUGUUUCGCCUGGCAAUGCCUGUAUAAUUUGUUGAUUGCGAUUUAUAUAGGAUACUGAAAUUU